CUGUCGCAAAUAUGUUCGUAUGGGGAAACAACCGAGGAAGAAAAGUUCAUCGCUGGUUUGUUAGUUAGAUAGUAACUCUGUCUUACCUACAUUGCUAGCAUGUGUCCACGACUUUAAAUUAGCAUUCAUUUUAACCUACCAUGGACUAAGUGAGUAAAACAAUGGUUUAUACAUUUGGGGAACCACAUGUAAGCUCAAUAACAAUUCAGGUAGUAGCGACCCUGGUAGCAAAUUUGGGAAUGAUACAUACCGGAAUGAUGAUUGGAUUCCCAUCUGUCUUGCUACCCCCUCUGCUGGAAGUGGGACCCGACCUUCAUAUUUCAUUUGCCCAAGCCACCUGGCUCUCUAGCAUCUCCUUCAUCUCAGCGCCAGUUGCCUGUGUGGUGGCAGGCCCGAUGAUCGACCGUGUCGGCCGCCGCUGGGGUCUGGUGCUGCUUAACCUCACGUUCAUCGCAGGGUGGCUGCCAUCAGCCGUCUUCCCGCUAUCCCUCCCCGCCCUCUACAUCGGCCGUAUCUGCUCAGGGAUUGGGGCAGGUGCAGCCUCCAGUACAUGCUCUACCUAUACAGCGGAAGUAGCCGCUGUAUAUCUACGAACAACGCUAGUCUUGAUCACACCGUUGAUGUUAUCAGUUGGCGCCGCUAUCACCUACCUCUGGGCCAUGUUAUUCCAGGAAUCAUGGAGCGAAGUAUCUUGGUUCGGAUUUGGCUUAACAGCAGCGUCGCUGGUGCUGACGUUGCUGCUGCCGGAGAGUCCGAUGUGGCUGCUGAGCAGAGGACAUGCUGAGGAAGCGCUGCAGGCUCUACAGAGACUGCGAGGAGCAUCAGGACCCGAGCAGGUCAAGGAGGAGCUGGACAGCUUCAGCAGCAGAGCGAGCGACAAGCAGCAGAAAACCUCCUGGCUCUCCAACUUUAAACAUCUGCGAAAGCCUCAGGUUUACAAGCCUCUUAUCAUGAUGAACCUGCUGUAUUUAUGUGGAAAUUUUACAGGAGUUAUGCUGGUCACGAGUUUUGCGGUUGAUUUUACAGAGAGAGCAGGAAUAAAAGCGGAGGCUUACUACGUGGCUAUGUGUAUUGCCAUUGUUCGCAUGGUCUCCAUUCUUAUCUUUACUUGGGUGAGCAAUGUGUUUGGAAAUAGGAACCCAGCGAUAUUCUUCGCAGUAAUCAUGACUGCUUCCAUGACAAUGCUGGCUGUGAACGUGUCUGGGUUAUUGGUACUGCCCCAGUGGCUCAUUGGAGCGCUUGUUCUGGUUUAUGUGUACGCCGGUUCCACAAGCUUCUCCAACAUUAUGGUGUCCAUGCUGGGAGAAGUUUUCCCAACCGAAAUGAGAGGCUUUGCAAGUGGCAUCACAACAGGCCUGGGAUUCAUGCUCUCUUUUGUUUCCACAAAACUCUAUCCCAUCUUUGUGACGGAGUUCGAAGCAUACUUCGUGUUUUUGUUCUUUGCAAUAUUUGGAGCUGUGGGAACUCUUUAUAUAUACUUUUUUCUUCCCGAGACUCACGGAAAGACUUUGUUAGAAAUCGAAGACUACUUUAAAGGUGUAAAAAUUACUGGUACAAAACUCUGAAGCAGCAAAGAAAGACAUCAAUAAAGAUUAUCACAUUUAAUUGUUA